GGGCUGCGCGGGCAGCUCGAUGCCUUCCGGCGCCUGGGCGAGCUGGCCGGGCCAGAGGACACCCUGGCGCGCCACGCCGAGGCCAACCGGAGGCGCGCGGGGGACCUGGAGGUUGAGCGCACCCGGCUGCAGCGCCAGAGAGUGGAGGCGCAGCGCGCGCUCGACGAGUUCCGGACCAAGUAUGAAAAUGAGUGCGAGUGUCAGCUGGUGCUGAAGGAAAUGCUGGAGCGGCUAAACAAGGAGGCCGAUGAAGCCUUGUUGCGUAACCUGCGCCUUCAGCUGGAGGCCCAGUUUCUGCAGGAUGAUAUCAGUGCGGCCAAGGACAGGAACAAGAAGAAUCUUCUGGAAAUCCAGACCUACAUCAGCAUCCUGCAGCAGAUCCUCCAGGCUGCACCUCAGGCGCCUGCUGUCAUGCGUGGGAUGAGGGAGGAGAAGCUCCUGACGGAGCGGGAGGUGGCCUCGCUGCAGAGCCAGCUGGAGGAGGGCCGGGAGGCGCUGUCCCACCUGCAGGCACAGCGGGUGGAGCUGCAGGCCCAGACCGCCGCCCUGGACCAGGCGAUUAAGAACGCCCACGAGUGUUACGACGACGAGAUCCAGCUGUACAACGAGCAGAUCGACAGCCUGCGGAGGGAGAUCGAGGAAGCCGAGCGGACGCUGGAGAAGACGUCGUACGACUGCCGGCAGAUGGCCGUGGCCCAGCAGACCCUGAAGAACGAGCUGGACCGCUAUCAGCGCAUCCUGGAGAUCGAAGGCAACAGGCUGAGCUCCGCCUUCAUGGAGACUCCAGUCACCCUGUUCACCCCGAGCCACAGGACCGCGCUCAGCCUGGGACCCGGCGGGAAAGAUCUCACCAGGGCUGUGCAGGACAUUGCCGCAGCUAAACUGAGGCAAAGAGGCCUCCCCAAGAAUGUUCCACGGAAGAAGGAGAUCAUGGCUCAGGACAAAGCAGAUGAAACUCUGGACGAUGUCCCGGCAAAAGAUCUGGAAGACCCAAAGCCGGGGCAGGGGGUGACCAAAGAGAAGGCUGAAUCCAAGUAUGAGUCAGGGGGUGGAGAAGCAGACUCCCCAGCCCAGGAGGGGGGUCCGGAGGAUGUGCCAGACGGGGGGCAGAUAAGCAAAGCCUUCGGGAAACUACGCAAGAUGGUCGAGGAGAGAGUGAAGGCCCACAAGGAGCCUGCGCCCGAGCCGCCCACUGACCUCUACACCAAAGGGCGCCACAUACUGGUCACAGGGGACGCCGGCUACGUGGACCCCGGCUUCUCCUCCUCUUCCAUCCCCACCAGAGGCAGGGUGGUGAUUUCCAUUGAGGAUGGCUCCGUGCGUGGUGAUGGCGGGGCGGAACCCACUCCUGAGCAGCCCACCUCACCUUCGGAGAACGGGCCGGGGGGCCCUCAGGGGGGCGAAGAGGAAGACACAGGAAGCCAGCAGUCUGCAGACAAGGGGAAAGAGAUAAAAGCCCAGGAACCGAAAGGCCCUGGGGUGAAGGAUCAGGGCCAGAAGGAAGAGGAGAGCCCUAGGAAACCCUGUCCUGUGAUCAUACCGGGUCCAGAGGAACCAUCUGCACCCCCGCCUCCAGGGCCCCGGCCCACUCAGGGUGCAGCGGAGGGGAAGAGCAGCAGCCGGCCAGAAAGGAGCCUUCCCAGGGCCAUGGCUUUUAAGAAGGUGGAAGUGGUGGAAUCCAUCGAGCAGAUUUCAACGGAGAGCAUUGAGACGUACGAGGAGACCUCGGUGGUUGUGGAGACCGUGAUGGGGAAGAUGAAGGCGAAUAAGAAGUCAGAAGAGAAAGGCUCCUAGGAUGGCUGGGCUCAGUGGGAGGAUCUGUGGGCCGCUGUAGGGGAUGCUUUGAUAUCCUAGGGCGCCUGGUAAGAGUGAGGUUCCCGUGUGGCUUCUACUGUAGAUGACUCAUUGGCGCUGUUGGGGAACCUGCAUUAAAAUGUUUUCUUUGCUUGCACUCUA